GCACACCCGCGGCUUGAGGGGCGCCCAGACGGGCGGCGGAAGUUGCGCGUGGAUUUUACGGACCAGCUGCAGCUGCGGAUGACCAAGGGAGGCAAACAUGACCGCCCGCGUUCGUCCAGCCGCAGCCGCAAGAACGAGUAUCUGGUAUGUCCUACUUGCCCUCGGUCUUGGGUGUUUGUGCACAAGGCAGGGAAGACGGGAUGGGAGAGUUGCCGAGAGUGUGGCCGACUGUGGAAGGAUCCAGCCAGGGCGAUCGUCACAUUCGACUUGGGGGAGACUGAGGGGGGCGCCAGCUUGCCCCUCCGAUCCUGCCUCAAGGGAAGCGGAUUGGGCCUGGACCCGAUCCUCCAGGCACUCCUCCCGAAGUUCAACAAGGCCAAGGAGGACGGAGAUCAGGAGGCCCAGACCAAGCUCCUGGCCGUCUGCCCAGACUUGGAGGCUGCGUGGAAGCCGCCUCCAGAGACCUCACCAGUGGAGCGCCUGGCUCAGAAGGCGCAACAGCUCCGCCAGCUCCAGGCGCAGCAGGGGCGGAUCAAGAACCAGCUGGUGCAGGCGGCCCAGACGCUCAAGGAUAUGCAGACCAAGCUCAGGACCAACAUUGAUGAGUGCCAGUCGGCGCAGGCUGAGAUUGACGAAUUGGUUGGCAAGACCAAGGAAUUGGCGUCCCUCGACGAGCCCACUCGGAAACAGUACGAAGAAGCGGCAGCGGCUCACAAGCAGGCUCGCAACGUGCUCAAGUCGGCCACCGACGCGGGCAAGGCGGCGCGAGAGGCUGCAGAGAGGCUGCGAACGCUGCACCAUUCCAUCAAGAGGCGCAGAGGGGCGGGAGGUGAAGCCCAAGGAGCAGGUGCAGCAGCGGCGAAGCCAGACGAGAGCGCCGCAGCGGCAACUCCAGAGGCGGUUGACUUCACGGACCCGAGCGCGAUCGACCAGUACAUUGCCAAGACAGCGGCGCUCCGUGCCAGGGCCAAGGGGGUGCGACACUACGUGGAGCACUGCAGUUUUGACAUGGUCGGCUUAGCAGAGCAUCACUUGCUCCCAAAGGCCGCCAAGCAGGAGAUCAAGAAACUGAGAUUCAAGGGGUGGCAAUCCCAGUUCUCGUGGACGCCUGCGACACCAUCGAUGCGGAGUAAGUCUGGUACUCAAGGGGGGACGUGCUGGCUUGCCAGAGCAGGUCACGUCGCGGCAGCACACUUGCCCGAUGGCACGGGGCACAGUGAAUUUCAGAAAGAACUGCGCGACAUCUCGAUCAUCCUCUGGCGUUUGAAAGGGGCGACGCUGGCUUUGAUCUCGGUGUAUCUUGAUUGCAGUGUGGGACUAGACGGACCAGCGAACGUCGCCAAGAUGGUACAGCUGACACGAGUGGUGAAGUCCCUAGGAGUGCCAUGGGUAGCACUCGGAGAUUGGAACAACACACCGACGCAGAUGCAGCAGUCACCAUGGUUGAAGGCUCUGAGGGGAGAGUUGCUGAUACCAAGCGAUUGUACCGUCACAUGUUCCACAGGCAAAGGCAGACUCAUUGAUUACGGGAUAGCCUCGCGAGACUUUCGCCCGUUUGUGAAAGAAUUCAAGCCUGUGAGGGAAGUUCCAUGGAGCCCACACGUGGGCCUCCACCUGCGCCUGCACUCGCGACCCGCCUCGGUCAAGGUGCAGAUGCCGAUCCAGCCAGUGAAGAUCGAGAUCGCCACCACCACGGUCCACAAAGAGAAAGGACUCAAGCGAGCCCAACGUGAUCGUGAGAAGUAUCAGAAGAUGGUGGCAGCAGCAGCAGAGCGCGACGAGAAUGCAGCGACACCAGGAGACCUGCAUCAUGAUGAGUAUGCGCACCUCCUGGAGACGACGUAUGCCACGAAGCAGAAAGAGGCAACCAGCGAUGAGCAGCGGUUUCAGGCGCUGGCAGACACCCGAGGACGAGCGGUGCAAGACCCAGUUGAUGAUGUGGCAGACUCCUGGGCGUAUCGGCUGGACCAUGAGGGCUCCAACAAGCUGGCCUACCACUUUGGCGAAUGGUCAGUAGCAGCGGAGCAGUCACUGUGCAUCAUGACGGAUGCCAAGCCAAAAGAUAAGGUGCGAAGAGGAUGCAAUCCCAAGUUCACGCUGCGCAAGGUCACCAUUCAAGAGAAGACAGACCCCUUCUUGGACGCGGCCCUCAGGGAAAAGGCGAAUCUGUGGGAGGCCUUGGCUGCCAGACUGAGGGAGUUGGCAAUACUGAAGGCGCGGCAGAAGAAGGAUGAAGACUUGAAGCUGGUUGAGAGCGUCAUGCGCUCGCUCAGUCAGCGCAUCGAGCUCAUCGACCAGGCCAAGGGCGGCAAGCAGGACACUGACAGGGACAAGGAGGAGGACAGCAGGGUGCUGCUCAACUUGACGCAGUAUCUAGCAGGUCAGCCUUGUCAGUCACUGCGGGGCCCGCCGGCCCCAAAGCCGUCAAAAAAGCAGCGGAAGGCCGGAGAGAGCGGCACCCAGAAGGAGGCGACGGUGGAGCUGAUCGCCCCACCAGUGGCCACCAGCAGCAUGGACUGCGAGGACGACCCCUUCGUGCAGAUGGAUGCGGAGGCGGACGAGCCCAACCUUCAGCAGCUGCAGGACCUCGAUGGCGGGAAGCUCGACACCUACGGCUCCACCGACUGGGGGUACAUCGUCCCAACUGGCCCGCUCUACGGGGUUGGGAACACGAGCGACGAGGGAAGCAAGCAGUUCGACACCCUCGACGCCGUCUACUGGGAGUACGCCGCCCCAACUGGCACGCUCUACGGGGCUGGGGCCAAGAGCGACAGGGAGUGCGAGCAGUUCUACUUCGAUGUCGCCGUCUACUGGGAAUUCUUGGAUGUCAGAACGCUCCAGGGCCCCGCAAGGGAGCCCUGGAUCACCGUCGCCACCUGGACGACCCGCGCCCUGGGCACUCCAGCCGCAG